AUGAGGAAAGAGUUGAAAUAUAUCUUGUGGGGCCAUGCCGCUUUGAUAGCGUUCUUAGUUUACUGCAGCUACGAUUUGAUCAGUUUACUCUUUGAUGACUCCUUUCAAGAUGCCUUGCUAGAUAUUGAGCUCAACCCAGCGGACGGCAAAAUUGAAAAGCCAAAUGUGAUACCCAAAAUUAUACAUCAAACUUAUAAGGAUGAGCACAUCCCCAAACUAUGGCAGCCAGGACAAAAGGCUUGUGUUGAGCUACACCAUGAUUACCAAUACAUUUUAUGGACCGAUGAUACCGCAAGAGAAUUUAUAGCUGAAGAAUAUCCCUGGUUUCUUCUGACUUGGGACUCUUACCCAUACCCGAUCCAACGUGCAGACGCAAUACGCUACUUUGCCUUGGCUCAUUACGGUGGCAUAUACAUAGAUUUGGACGAUGGUUGCGUGCGCCGUCUAGAUCCGUUGUUGACUGUCCCCGCCUUCGUUAGGCAGACAGUGCCAACGGGUAUAUCCAACGAUGUGAUGGGUGCAGUUCCUAAACAUCCAUUUUUCAUCAAGGUUUUGGGAAAUCUUCAAAAGUAUAAAAGGAAUUGGCUUGUUCCAUAUAUCACUAUUAUGUUUUCGACAGGGCCUUUGUUCCUUUCGGUGAUGCUUCAACAAUACAAGCGGUAUGGUGUGCCAGAGGCAGCGAAAGUGAGAAUUUUGCUUCCUGAAGACUACAAAACUCAUGUCUUUUCAUUCUUUGCUAUAUCUCCAGGGUCGCUGUGGCAUCUAGAUGAUGCUAAGUUUAAUAAUGGCCAUUCUUCGCUUCUUGACGAGUGGCCAGCACACUGUUUAACAAAGGGUACCGAGUAA